AUGCUGGAUACAUUCUGCAACUCUACUUUUUGGAAUUCCUCAUUCCUGAAUAGUCCGGAGGCAGACCUGCCACUGUGUUUUGAGCAAACUGUUCUGGUGUGGAUCCCCCUGGGCUUCCUUUGGCUUCUCGCCCCUUGGCAGCUUCUCCAUGUGUAUAAAUCCAGGACCAAGAGAUCUUCUAUAACCAAACUCUACCUUGCUAAACAGGUGCUUGUUGGGUUUCUUCUCAUUCUGGCUGCCAUUGAGCUGGCCCUUGUGCUCACAGAAGACUCUGGACCAGCCUCAGCCCCUGCCAUUAGAUACACCAAUCCAAGCCUGUACCUGGGCACAUGGCUCCUGGUCUUGGUGAUCCAACAUAGCCGGCGAUGGUGUGUGCAGAAGGACUCUUGGUUCCUGUCCCUGUUCUGGAUUCUCUCCAUACUCUGUGGCACUUUCCAGUUUCAGACUCUGAUUCGGAUGCUCUUAAAGGACAGCAACUCGAAUCUGGUCUACUCCUGCCUCUACUUCGCCUGCUAUGGACUCCAGCUCCUGGUCCUGAUCCUUUCAGCAUUUUCAGAAAAAGACAAUUCAUCAAAUGAUCUGGCAUCCACAGCUUCGUUUCUGAGCACCAUCACCUUCAGCUGGUAUGACAGCACCAUUCUGAAAGGCUACAAGCAUCCUUUAACACUGGAAGAUGUCGGGGAGGUUGACAAAGACAUUAAAGCCAAGACACUGUUCAGCAAGUUUGAACCACACAUGGCGAGAGAGCUGCAGAAGGCCCGGAAGGCGCUCCAGGGUCGGCAGCAAAAGAAGGCCCAGCAGGACUCUGGAGCCAGGCUGCAUGGCUUGAACAAGAACCAGAGCCAAAGCCAAGAUGUCCUUGUCCUGGAAGAAACUAAAAAGAAAAAGAAGAAUUCUGAGACCACCAAAGACUAUCCCAAGUCCUGGCUGGUCAAGGCCCUCUUCAAAACCUUCUACGUCACCCUCCUGAAAUCGUUUCUGCUGAAGCUCGUGCACGAUAUCUUCAUGUUUCUGAAUCCUCAGCUGCUGAAAUUGCUGAUCUCCUUCGCAAAUGACCAUGACACCUACCUGUGGACGGGAUACCUCUAUUCAAUCCUCUUCUUCGCCGUGGCCCUCAUCCAGUCUCUCUGCCUUCAGAGCUACUUUCAGCUGUGCUUCAUGCUUGGUGCCAAUGUUCGGACCACCAUCCUGGCUUCUCUGUAUAAGAAGGCGCUGACCCUCUCCAACCAGGCCAGGAAGCAGUACACCAUUGGAGAAACAGUGAACCUCAUGUCUGUGGAUGCCCAGAAGCUCAUGGAUGUGACCAGCUUCCUCCACUUAAUAUGGUCAAAUGUUCUACAAAUCACCUUGUCCAUCUACUUCCUGUGGACAGAGUUGGGGCCCUCAGUGUUAGCCGGAGUUGGGAUUAUGGUCCUCCUAAUCCCCAUUAAUGGAAUACUUGUCACCAAGAACAGGGCUACUCAGGUAAAUAAUAUGAAGAAUAAAGACAAACGCUUAAAGAUCAUGAAUGAGAUUCUCAGUGGAAUUAAGAUCCUGAAAUAUUUUGCCUGGGAACCAUCAUUCAAAACCCAAGUCCACGACAUCCGGAAGAAAGAGCUCAAGAACCUGCUGAGUUUUGGGCAGAUACAAUCUGUGAUCAUGUUUCUCUUAUACUUAACUCCUGUUCUGGUGUCUGUGAUCACGUUCUCAGUUUAUGUCCUGGUGGAUAGCAAUAAUGUCUUGGAUGCAGAGAAAGCCUUCACUUCCAUCACCCUCUUCAAUAUCCUGCGCUUCCCCCUAAGCAUGCUCCCCAUGGUAAUCUCGUCCUUGCUCCAGGCCAGCGUUUCCACAGAACGCUUAGAGAAGUACUUGGGAGGGGAUGAUCUGGACACAUCUGCCAUUCGACAUGAUCUCCAUUCUGACAAAGCUGUGCAGUUUUCCGAAGCCUCCUUUUCCUGGGAUCUGGAUUCAGAAGCUACAAUUCGAGACGUGACCCUGGAUGUUAUGCCAGGUCAGCUGGUGGCUGUAAUGGGCACUGUGGGCUCUGGGAAAUCCUCCUUGAUGGCAGCAGUUCUGGGAGAAAUGGAAAAUAUCCAUGGUCACAUCACCAUUAAGGGCACAAUAGCCUAUGUCCCACAGCAGUCCUGGAUCCAGAAUGGCACCAUAAAAGACAAUAUCCUUUUUGGAGGAGAAUUGGAUGAAAAAAGAUACCAGCAAGUUCUGGAAGCCUGUGCCCUCCUCCCAGAUUUAGAAGUGCUGCCUGGAGGAGACCUGGCUGAAAUUGGAGAAAAGGGUAUAAAUCUCAGUGGGGGUCAGAAGCAGCGAAUCAGCCUGGCCAGAGCGACCUAUCAGAAUUCAGACAUCUAUAUUCUGGAUGACCCCCUGUCAGCUGUGGAUGCUCAUGUGGGGAAACAUAUUUUCAAUAAGGUCUUGGGUCCCAAUGGCCUAUUGAAAGGCAAGACUCGACUCUUGGUUACAAAUAGCAUUCACUUUCUUCCCCAAAUGGAUGAGAUUGUGGUUCUGGGGAAUGGCACCAUUUUGGAGAAAGGAUCCUACAGUGCUCUGCUGGCCAAGAAAGGAUUGUUUGCUAAGAACCUGAAGACAUUCAUUAAACAGACGGGUCCUGAAGGAGAGGCCACAGUCAACGAGGACAGUGAAACAGAAGAUGACUGUGGGCUGAUACCCAGUGUGGAGGAAAUCCCUGAGGAUGCAGCUUCCCUGACCAUGAAGAGAGAGAACAGCUUUCACCGCACACUUAGCCGCCGUUCUAGGUCCAGUAGCAGGCCCCUGAAGUCCCUCAGAGACUCUUUGAGAACUCAGAAUGUGAAUAUGCCAAAGAAGGAGGGAGAACUAGUAAAAGGACAAAAACUAAUUGAGAAGGAAUUCAUGCAAACCGGAAAGGUGAAGUUCUCCAUCUACCUGAAAUACCUUCAAGCAAUCGGAAGGUAUUCGAUAUUCUUCAUCAUCUUUGCCUACAUGAUCAAUUCUGCGGCUUUUAUUGGAUCCAACCUCUGGCUCAGUGCUUGGACCAGUGACUCUAAAGUCUUCAAUAGCACCAACUACCCAGCAUCUCAGAGGGACUUGAGAGUGGGUGUCUAUGGAGCUCUGGGAAUAACUCAAGGUUUCUUUGUGCUCAUAGCAAAUCUUUGGAGUGCCUAUGGUUGCAACCAUGCAUCAAAUAUCCUUCACAAGCAACUGCUAGACAAUAUUCUCCGAGCGCCCAUGAGUUUUUUUGACACAACACCCAUAGGUCGGAUUGUGAACAGGUUUGCUGGUGACAUUUCCACAGUGGACGACACACUCCCCAUGUCCUUACGCAGCUGGAUUUUGUGCUUCCUCGGGAUAAUCAGCACCAUAGUCAUGAUCUGCUUGGCCACGCCCACCUUCAUCAUCAUCGUCAUACCUCUGGGCAUCAUCUAUGUGCUUAUUCAGCUGUUCUACGUGGCUACUUCCCGCCAGCUGAGACGUCUAGACUCCGUCACCAGGUCCCCUAUCUACUCUCACUUCAGCGAGACUGUGUCAGGUUUGUCUGUCAUCCGUGCCUUUGGGCACCAGCAGCGAUUUCUGAAACACAACGAGGUGGCAGUUGGCAACAACCAGAAAUGCGUCUUUUCCUGGAUUGUCUCCAACAGGUGGCUUGCAAUUCGACUGGAGCUGGUUGGGAACCUGAUCGUCUUCUUCUCAUCCUUGAUGAUGGUUAUUUAUAGAGGAACCCUAAGUGGAGACAUCGUGGGCUUUGUUCUGUCCAACGCCCUUAAUAUCACACAGACCCUGAACUGGCUGGUGAGGAUGACAUCAGAAAUAGAGACCAACAUUGUGGCUGUUGAGCGAAUAAAUGAAUAUAUCAACGUGGAAAAUGAGGCAUCCUGGGUCAGUGAUAAGAAGCCCCCAGAAGGUUGGCCCAGCAAAGGGGAGAUCAAGUUUAACAACUACGAAGUGCGGUACCGGCCCGAGCUGGAGCUGGUACUAAGAGGGAUAACGUGUGACAUUAGGAGCACGGAGAAGGUCGGUGUGGUGGGCAGGACAGGAGCUGGGAAGUCAUCCCUGACAAACUGCCUCUUCAGAAUCCUUGAGGCUGCAGCUGGCCAGAUCACCAUCGAUGGGCUGGAUAUCGCUUCCAUCGGCCUCCAUGACCUCCGAGAGAAACUGACCAUCAUCCCCCAGGACCCUGUCCUGUUCUCUGGAAGCCUGAGGAUGAAUCUCGAUCCUUUCAACCACUACACAGAUGAGGAGAUUUGGAAGGCCUUAGAGCUAGCUCACCUCAAACCCUUCGUGUCCGGUCUGAAGCUCGGGUUGGGCCACGAGGUGACAGAGGCCGGCGACAACCUUAGCAUAGGGCAGAAGCAGCUGCUGUGCCUGGCCAGGGCACUCCUUCGAAAAUCCAAGAUCCUGAUCAUGGAUGAGGCCACCGCUGCGGUGGACCUGGAGACAGACCACCUCAUCCAGAUGACCAUCCAGAGCGAGUUCGCCCACUGCACGGUCCUCACCAUUGCCCACAGGCUGCACACGAUCAUAGAUAGCGACAGGGUGAUGGUCCUGGACAACGGGAAGAUUGUAGAGUUUGGCAGCCCUGAAGAACUGCUGCGACAUCCUGGCCCCUUUUAUUUUAUGGCCAAGGAAGCUGGCAUCGAACAUGGGGACAUUGCAAAAUUAUGACCAGGGCAGAGGACUCUACGGCCCAUUCCUGGCUUAAUUUUGUUAGCAUGUAAACCAUGCAGGCACAAGUGUGCAGACCCUGACUGAAGAAGCAGGGUCUCAAAAUGACGAGUGUCAUUAUCAGAAAGCCCUGUUGCGAGCCAAAUCGAAGACGAUCUUGCUGCCACCGGCCCAGAAAACUGUACUUCUCUGU